AUGCAGCCCAUCAAGUGUGUGGUGGUGGGAGACGGAGCUGUCGGUAAAACCACUUUGCUGUGCAAUUACACAACAGAUACAUUCCCGACUGUAUUUAAUAACUGUUUCGCCAAUGUAAUGGUCGACGGAAAGCCGGGUAAUUUGGUAUUAUGGGAUACCGCUGGAGAUGGCGAAAGAUUUCGUCUGUUAUCUUACCCACUGACGGACAUAUUUCUAAUUUGCUUCUCCCUUGUCAACCCGAAUUCCUUUCAAGAUGUCUAUCUUAGGUGGUACCCGGAAGUCCGACACCAUUGUCCUUACAUUCCGAUUAUCCUCGUGGGCACAAAACUUGAUCUGAGAGACGACAAGGACACGAUCCAGAAUCUAAAAGCGAAGAAGCUGACCCCCAUUACCUAUUGUCAGGGACUUGCCAUGGCAAAAGAGAUCGGUAAGCAAACUCCUACUGUUCAUGUAAAAAUAUCUGCCUUCUCAGCACUUACACAGAGAGGACUGGACAGUGUGUUUGUGGAAGCAAUACGAGCAGUUGUCGGACCACUCGGCCCAGUGAAGAAGAGGAGGAGAAAGUGUCUGCUUUUCUAA